ACUUGUUUUUCUUUCGAAGAGGGAAGCAAAGCGUUCAUGUCCAGGAAUGAGAGAAAUGCAGUAAAUACGUUAAUAUGCGUUUCACUUGAAGUUCAAUCAAUCGGAGCACAUGACGCGGAAGUAUGAGCAAAACUCAUGACAGAUUUCAUUAGUAGUUCAUACAAACACCCAUCUAAACAUGCACACACACAGUCUGCUGUUUAUAAUCUUCUGCAUUGUCGGGUGCUCUGCUGAGUUUUAUGUUAUAGAUGAUCGGAUUGGAUUAGGGAGAGAGUUUGAUGGAAUAGGUGGAUUAAGUGGAGGAGGAGCCACUUCCCGACUUCUUGUCAACUAUGAAGAGCCGUAUCGAAGUCAGAUAUUGGAUUUCUUGUUCAAGCCCAACUUUGGAGCUUCGCUGCACAUCCUAAAAGUAGAAAUAGGAGGCGAUGCUCAAACCACAGAUGGCACAGAACCCUCUCACAUGCGCUGUAAGGAUGAUGGUAAUUUUUUCCGUGGAUAUGAGUGGUGGCUUAUGAAAGAAGCCAAGAAGAGAAAUCCAAACAUCAAGCUGAUAGGUCUUCCCUGGGCAUUUCCGGGAUGGAUUGGAGCUGGAACCCAAUGGCCUUACUUCUUUCCAAAUAUUACUGCCGACUAUGUUGUUACAUGGAUCAAUGGAGCAAAGCAGCAUCAUAACCUUGACAUUGAUUACAUUGGGAUAUGGAAUGAAAAAAAAUAUGAUCCAGUAUACAUUAAGGUGCUGAGAGAUGCUUUGGACAGAGCUGGUUAUACAAAUAUCGGCAUCAUUGCUGCAGAUGGAGACUGGUCCGUUGCGGCUGCCAUGCUGGAGGAUCCAUAUCUGAAUGAUGCUGUUGAGGUGUUAGGUGUCCACUACCCAGGCACCAUAACAGUGAAGGAAGCACUGUUAACGGAGAAGAAGCUUUGGUCCUCUGAAGAUUACAGCACCUUCAAUGAUGACAUCGGUGCGGGAUGUUGGGCUCGUAUCUUAAACCAGAACUACGUGAAUGGCAGAAUGACCUCGACUAUAUCCUGGAAUUUGAUAGCAAGUUACUAUGAGAAUCUGUCCUUUGGUGGAGAUGGGCUGAUGACUGCUGACGAGCCCUGGAGUGGACAUUAUGUAGUGCAAUCUCCAAUAUGGAUGACCGCGCACACUACUCAGUUUGCACAGCCAGGCUGGUUUUAUCUGCAGACUGUAGGGAAACUCACCCAUGGAGGAAGUUAUGUGGCUUUAACAGACCGUAAAGGGAACCUGACAAUUGUUAUUGAAACCAUGACACACAAGCACUCUCAAUGCAUUCGACCUCCUCUACCGCACUUUGACGUCUCUCCUCAGAUAGCUGUAUUUCAGCUCAAAGGUUCUUUUGCACAUCUCACUGACCUUCAAGUGUGGUACUCAAAAUUGGAUUUUGAGACCAAAAAUGAUACACUGUUUCAGCGGAGCAGCCCUAUUGAGGUCUAUGAUGGUUUAUUCGCCCUAAAACUAGAUGUUGAUGAGGUUUACACAAUCACAACAGUGAACACUGGACAAAAAGGCUCUUACCCAGACCCCCCCAAAUCUUGCCUAUUUCCAAAGAAUUACUCUGAUGACUUCACUGUUGAUAACCCUCCAUUCUCUGAAGCCCCGUAUUUUGCUGAUCAAACCGGUGUGUUUGAGUACUUCAGAAAUAGCACAGAUAAUGGCUCGCAUGCGUUUACCUUACGACAGGUGGUCACCGAACGACCGGUCACCUGGGCGAGAGAUGCUGACCAGACCAUCAGCGUCAUAGGGGACUACAGCUGGACAGAUCUCAGUGUGUCCUGUGACGUCCUCAUUGAAACUCCUGCCACUGGAGGCGUGUUCCUGGCAGCCAGGGUUGAUCAAGGUGGAGAAUCUGUCAGAGAAGCAAAGGGUGUCUUUUACUGGAUUUAUGCAAAUGGAACCUAUAAAGUGACAAAUGAUAUAGGUGGACAGAGAGUUCUUGCUGAAGGGCAGUCAGGAACAAGAGAAGGUGUAUGGUAUACCUUAACCCUGAGUGUCAAGGGAUAUUUUGCCACGGGGAUGCUGAAUGGCUAUCUGCUGUGGAAGAACGCUGUGGUUGUCGAACCCAAGAAUGGCUGGGUUGCACUAGGAACUCUCUCUUUUGAAUAUGCACAGUUUGAUAAUUUCAAAGUAAAUGCAGAAUAAUUCAUGCCUAUGUCACAUCAAUCCUGUUUACAUAAUCGUUACACAAUUUGAUUUCAACCAAAUGCCUUUUUUAUUUUAAUGCAAACAUACUGUGAUGGAUGCCUAUUUUGUUUAAUUUGAUGAUUUGUCUUUUGUUUUUUUAAACCUUUCUCUUUGUGCUUUGUAAGUGAGGAAUGUGAGUGUGAACUGUUUGUUUUCUUCAAAAAGGGACGUUUUGUGGCAAUUACUAUAAUUGGGCUGUUUUUCAUAGCAAUGUGUGAAUGACACUACCAAUUUGCACAUAUUUGAUGGAUUUUAUGUUUUAUAUGAAAUCUUUUAAUAAUAAACAGAGCUAAAAUUGUGAAAAAUAA